GCCUGCACGUGUCAGCGUUUGUGUACGUGCGGCCGCCCUGGAGCUGGAAAAGUUCAGGCUGCAGUAGACUAGGCGGCGCGGCGGGGAGGGGCUCGUGUGCUAGCUCCCACAGGGUUCAAACUCCGGCACUCGGCAGCCCUGUGCAACCUCACCUGCCGGUGUUCCCGGGUCGCUCCACUCGGCACUCUCGGGGACUCUGGUCAUCUGCGUAGAGUUGGGCGAUGCUGUUGUUCGAUUGCAACCCGGAGGUGGAAGGUCUCAAGAAUUUGCUGGAGACUGGAGCUUCUGUCAACGCACCCCCGGAUCCCCAAGAGCAGUCGCCCGUCCACCUAGCCGCAGGUGGUGGCCUUGCUUACUUUCUUCUCUGGCAGCUGCAAGCAGGUGCUGACCUCAACCAACAGGAUGUUUUGGGAGAAACUGCACUUCACAAGGCAGCAAAAGUUGGAAGCCUGGAAUGCCUUAGCCUGCUGGUAGCCAGUGAUGCCCAAAUUGAUUUAUGUAAUAAGAACGGGCAAACAGCUGAAGAUCUUGCUUGGUCAUGUGGAUUUCCAGAAUGUGCCAAGUUUCUCACCAUGACUAAAUGUAUGCAGACAACAAAGUCAAGUGUGCACCCUGACAGGGAUCCCUGUGUUCCGGUGUUCAGACAGAAACGAAGCUUUAGAAGUGUGGAAAAUGUAGCUGUGAAAAGGAAGUGCUGAAGUCAUGUUGGGCAUGAAGACGUCUGAAGAGACUUCACUUCUGACAGAUUACAAACCAUGGCUAUGGCUCAUCGUAUAGCUAAACUCCUGAGGAGGAAAACGUUCUUCCAAGUGAAGAAAACAUUUAUGAAUACAUGUAUUUACAUGACUAUAGUAUUUUGGCUAUGUAUGGUUUGCUUUUUUUUUUUUUAACUUAUUAAAGGAGUAUCUAAGGAA